UCCUAGUCCGACUUUGUAGCUGCUCUCCGCCGCUGCUCCGGUUGUAGUCUCUCCAGGGGGCCGAGGAAGAGCACGAUAAAAGUCCCAGCCAUGGACGGCGACAACAUAAUAAUGCCUGUGUGACUCGGCGACAUUUUUUCAAGAUGCCAGGUCUUCUGUCUGGUCCUGUGUCUCUGACAGUCAUCUUCUUAUUAACUUGGCUGAUUCGUCGUAGCUGUGCUCAGAUUUGGACUGAUGAAGUGUCAGACAUGCAGUACGGACGUUUGGGGGCCAACGUGACGCUGGCCUGUGGAAAGGCCAAAAUCAGGACACCGGUGGUAUGGCACCUGAACCACAGCGCAGCGUUGCCGUGGCACCAGGUGACAUCAGAUGGUUCGUUGGUCCUGCACCACGUGGACCACUCAGCAGAGGGCGUGUACGUCUGCCACGAUAACCAGGGGCUGCUCCUCCACUCUGUCAGACUGAGGCUCGGCCAUCCCCCAGGGCUGCUGAGCAUUUCCUGUCAGGUGCCUAAUCACACUCAUGUCCGCUGCUCCUGGGUGGACUCAGUCAAGACCUUCCUGCCGCCUCAGUACAUUGCCUCCUUUAGGAACGGUCAAGGGUGGAAGCCGUGUGUGGUGGACGUCAUCCACAAACACUGUGACAUAGAAGACUCCACCUUCUGGCAGCCCACCCACACCCUGAACGUCACUGAGGUCAAUGCCCUGGGGUCUCAGACCACGGUUGUCUGGUUAAGACUACAAGAGCUGUUGAAACCUGACCCCCCCGAGUCGUUGAAGGUGGAGGAAGUAGAGAGUCACCCGAAGAGGCUCUCCAUCUCCUGGAAACACCCGUCGUCAUGGCCACGACGGGAUGCUUUUCCUCUCAUUUUCCAAAUCCGAUACAGACCCAAGGGUUCUGAGUACUGGUCCGAUGUUUACUCAGAAGACAGUUCAAUCGUCAUUUUCGACGCCUUGGCCGGUCACGUCCACCAGGUGCAGGUCCGAGCCCGUGACGAAGUGAACUCUGACACCCAGUGGAGUGAAUGGACACCUGUUUCUUUAGCCCGGACUUGGCAAGUCUCUACUACACCUGACCCCCCCGAGGAGCCCCCCCCACCAGAAUACAUCUUCCCCUUCAACCCUGACCCUGAGACAUCAACCAUGAGAACACACAGUGAGUCCACUCUGCUUAUUGUUAACCUGGGUCUGGUCAUUCUGCUGGUUCUGUUCUCCGUGGUCGUCCUCAUCACCGUCCCUUCUCUCAUCUAUGUUGCCUGGGUGAGGCAUCGACGGCGUGAUCAUGUGACCAAACAGGAACUGACCUCCAUGGUCAAGAUGAAGGCCAUGCCAAUUUAAUCCCGUUCUAGGGUUCCACCGUGUGUCUUUUCCAGUGUAGCACAACGUCGACCGUGCUCCUCCUCUGACAUGAACCACAGUGUGUUAAGGUGGGGGGCGCGGACCACAGCGGGGUCACGUGGUCCAGACUGACCCUCUGCGUCUCAUUUAACUGCAGUACCCAGAUUAUAUCAGCAGGAGGCGACGCACAGACGUCACAUCAAUAUCAGUCCAGAACAUUCUGAGGUCACCUCUCAUUGGCUGCUUCACUUGACCUCAGGCCGUGAACUUACGGUCAGGAGAACCGGAAAAAACAUUUUGGAUUUUCAAGAACUGACAUCAUGUCAAACAGGAAAACAUUUUUGUUUGUUUGUUUG